AUGGAUGGGGGUUGCUUGUCUGCUCAGUUUCUCUCCAACACCGAGCCCCCGUCAGACUACUCCAUUCUCGACAGUGUCACCACCAUGAGCGGGUUGAAGCUUGAAAGAGUCAACCAGCUAACACAAAAAGAUAUCGCAGGGUUGGACUUUAGCUUCACGAUUCGGGCUGAAGUUGCCAAGCCCAUCAGCCAACUGGAAAAUGACUUGCCCUUUCAAACACGGCCAAUACCCGAGAGAGUCAAGGACUUUGGCUUCGACGAGGAGCAAGUCCAGGGCAGCGAUGGCCUGAACAAGGCUAUUUUUGUCCUCAGGGCCGAGGACGGCCGGGUGUACGGAUACGCCGUCGCGUCCAAAAACUGGAACAGGAUGGUCGUGCUGGAUUUUAUCGGACUCGAUGCCAGCGUGCGAGGCGGCGGCAAUGCGCUGCGGCUGCUCGACGCAGUCAAGGCUUGGACGCGUGAGAUUGGUCUCGGCGCGGUUCGGAUCGAGGGCCAGUCGAACAAUGUGGCCGCUUGCCGCUUCUACAAAAAAGCCGGCAUGGUCUUUGGGGGCUAUGACGAGCAUCUCUACAGCGCGAUGUCCGAGAGCCGCGGCGAGAUUGCCGUCUUCUUCUACGCGCUCCUGGACUAG